ACAAGUAUUUUGAAAUUGAAAAAAAUUGGUUAAUGAACUACUGAAUUAUUGAGAAUAUUAUUAUCAGGAUAAUAAAUAAAUGUAAAUCUCAUGACAAUUAUAAUGAGUAGUAAACCAAAUAUUCAACUGACUCUUGCAAUUCUAAAACCUCAUUUAGUCAAAAAUCCAAUUGCAUUAAGAGCUAUUCGAAACAAAAUAUUAGAGUCCAAUUUCAAAAUUGUAAAGUCAAAACAUCGCAGGUUAAAUGAAAUAGAUGCUGAAAACUUCUAUAAAGAACAUAUUAAUAAAUUUUUCUAUAAUAGGCUUGUAACAUCAAUGAUAAGCGGACCAUCUGAAAUGUAUGUUUUAGCUAGAGAAAAUGCUAUAAAGCAAUGGAGAGACUUAAUGGGUCCUACCAAGGUGUAUAAAGCACAGUUCGAUCAGCCACAUAGUAUAAGAGGAGAAUUUGGACUAUCAGAUACAAGAAAUGCUACACAUGGUUCAGAUUCCCCAGAAUCGGUGGAAAGAGAAAUAAAAAUUCUGUUUCCUGAAUUUGACAUCAAUUUUUGGUUCAAAAAUGAUAGAAAAUAUUUUGAAUGUAACAAAAUCAUUUUUGACAAAGAACACUUUAUUCAUCGAAUAGUUUACUAGUUUUGUCACGUUCAAAUAUAGUCCUUUUCUGGGAAGGAUAAAUAUCAGAUACUCUUUUAAGAAUAUGGAAGAACUUUUUAUUUCACGGCGAUAAAGUAAUUGCAAAAAAUAGAAUAUUUUUUAAAUCUAGUAUUGUCAAGUAUAUCAGGUAUUGAAUUUCAUUCAAUUCUCAUGUACUCAAAUAUAAAAAGUGAAUAAAUGCAAUUAAAAGAAUUCA